AUGGCUCCAUCAAUGUUUGGUGUCUGUCCAUGCAUCAGAUGCCAGGAAUAUUUGCUUUUCAAAGGAAUCACAGAAUCACAACUGUUUGUUAUCACCGAACCGGAACACCUAACACUAAUACUUAAACUAUUGGAUGGCGUAAACAUAGAGUUUUUUCAUACAACUCAAUCAAACAAGAUGGAACGUACACAAACACAAGGUUACUAUAGUCCUUUUAUUUGGUGUCACAUAUGA